AGAUUGAGAGGAGAAGAUGAUUAAAAUUGGCUCCGAUGAGUUUCCAUUUCGACUUGAAACGUUCAUUAAAAACAAUGGAGAGAUAGAUGUUCAUGCACUUAUGACUGCAGAUCUUGGGGAGUUUUCUCCAGAAGAUCUUUUGUAUGAAUUCUACACCAGGACAACAUUAGAAAUCGCAGAGAUGCGAAGAGACGUUAGACGGAUUCGAGCUGACAACCCCAAAACGACAACAGAAAUUGUGAUGUUGCGUGAAGAGUGUGCAGUUACUAGAUCCAAGAUUUCCAAAAUGGAAGAGGAACUAAUUGAUCUGCGUGAACGUAAUAGGCUUGUGAAAGAGAUCAGACAUCUUAAAAAGUCAAUAAAAUCGGCAGAGAACACUCAGCAGCCAUCAGAACUAGGCGUUACCCUCCCUAGUAUUUACAACGGAAGUACUCAAGUUUUGCAAGUUAACAAUCCAAACACUUCCCAGAACAAGAGGCGCAUCUCUGAUUCCCAAAGUUCUCCGAACCUACCUCCAAUCGGAAUGCAUCAGCAGUAUUCAUCAACACGUCGUGCACAAGGAAAUAAUGCGCACUGUGGAAAUGCUGUUAAUGGAACCAUGUUUUCAAGAAACGGAAAUAAGCGAGUUAGAAGCUUCACCAACGCUUCGGCCAGAGAAUCCGAGUACCCUCAAAUGAGGACAGAUGCUACACUUUCGAAUCUGAAGAGGCGGCAUGUACCACGAGGAUUGUUCUGAUGUGGAAAUUUUAUAUUGGAUUUCUUUUGAAUGUUUUUCUUCUACUAUUGUGAUUUUUUUUUACCGAGUGUCAUUUGAACCCAAAUAAAAGUUAUC